GAGAAACUGGGAGAGGGCAGACAUUCAGAAACACAGAGCAGGACUUUGGAGAAAGCAGACUAGGCAUAAUGGCCAGCUUGCCACCAACAGCCAACCCUUCCCAGCAACCUCUAAACCUAGAGGAUGAAGAUGGAAUCCUGGAUGAAUAUGAUCAGUACAGCCUGGCCCAUCCCUGUGUCGUCGGGGGAGGCCGGAAAGGUCGGACCAAGAGAGAAGCUGCGGCCAAUACCAACCGCCCUAGCCCUGGCGGGCACGAGAGGAAGCUGCUGACCAAGUUCCAGAACUCUGAAAGGAAAAAAGCCUGGCGCUGAGACAGAGCUGGAGAUGAGGCCAGACCACAGACACCACACCCAGCAAUGGACACAGGACAUCACACCCAGCAAUGGAUACAGGACCUUGGAGAAAUUAGGAGUUGUAAGCAGGACCUAGGCCUGCUUGAUUUUUUUUCCCCACCUAAGUGAAGUUCUGGAGAGGUGGCAUCAAAAAUAAAAACAAAGCCCUUCCAGACCCAGCAAAAGGGCAAGAUGGGAGCAAGGAGCAGAGGGUAGAUGGGCAGAGCUAGGAAGGCAGCCCCCAAAAAGAACUGUGGGGGAAAUAAAUCGGAUGCCCUUGGGUGGCAGCAACAAUAAAUCGUAUAGCAGUGUCAGA